ACGGCUUCCGCGGCCCGAGGUCUCCCUCUGCCCGAGGUCUCUAGCGCUCCGAGAGCUCCCGCCGUCCGAGUUCCCCCGUGGCCCGGGGUCUCCGCCCCCACCAUGCGGCCGAGGAGUCCUGGACUUCUCCUGCUGCUGCUCUGUGGCCUGCGAGCUGAGAUUCAAGAAGAAGAAGUCAGAGCGAUGGUGGGCAGUGAUGUCUGGCUCAGCUGCAUUUACCCUAAAGGAAACAGCUUCGAUUUAAAUGACCUUUAUGUUUACUGGCAAAUCAGCGUGCCGGGCAAACGGAACACCAACUCCGUGGUGACUUACUACCUCUCAGGAAACAGCUCUGCCGGCCACGGUGACAACCACUACAAGGGCCGGGCCCGGCUGUCCCUGGACGGCAUGAAGCAGGGCAACUUCUCUCUGCACCUGCACAAUGUCACCCCCCAGGACGAGCAGAAGUUCAACUGCCUGGUGUUUCGGAAAUCCUUAGAAUUAGAAAAGAUUUUGGAAGUCACGGUCACGCUAAACGUGGCAGCAAACUACAGCAUGCCAGUGGUCAGCGGCCCAUCCCAGGACGAGGAGUUCAUCUUCACGUGCACGUCCACGAAUGGCUACCCACGGCCCAACGUGUACUGGAUCAACAAGACGGACAACAGCCUGCUGGACGACACCCUGCAGAACAGCACCGUGUCCCUAAACGCGCGGGGCCUGUACAACGUGGUCAGCGUCCUGCGCAUCGGGCGGAGCCCCACCGUCGACGUGGGCUGCUGCAUCGAGAAUGUGCUUCUUCACCAGAACCUGACCAGCGGCCAGACAGAAACGUUCACGGGAACCAAGGACAGCAUCACAGAGGACCCAAUGGAUGACACCCAAGAUGCGGUGAACCCGCCUGUUCUCAGCGUCCUUGCCGUGCUGGUCGUGGCCGUGGCCAUGGCCGUGGCCACGGGCUGGCUGUGCAGGAGCAGAUGUCCCUCCAGAAGCUACGCAGGCGCCCAGGCUGCGAGGCCGGAGCUGGAGCUUACGGGUGAUUCCGGGGCACGCGGCUGCCUGGUGCCGCAGCAGAUUCCCUCCCGAGGCCACUUUCAGAUGAUGUGGGACGCAGCUUGCCAAAGAAUCCGGGCCUGCUGACCUGAGAGUCCGACGGGGCGCCCGUCUGCAGGCGUUUUCAACCCUGUUUUCACCGUCCUGGUUCCUGAGAGGAUGAGUGUCUGCUUCCGGAGUGAGAAUGAGCUGACUCCGCGCACGGCCCUCUCCCCUCUUUCCUUCCAAGAGCACGUGUGACGAGAGCUCCCCCAGGACGUGCCACCAGUGGGGACGUAGGACGGCAGCUUGAGAAUUGACCCUGGCAGGCUGGGCAAGGGACACCAUCUGUGCCCGUAUUGGGGCUGCACGCACACUGGGCCACCUGGCCUUGUGGGGACACGCGGGCGCCCCCUGGAAGGACCACGCUGACCCCAGGGAGCACGUGGCGGGCACUGCCCUGAUCCCAGCGGCCCUUUCAAUAGGUGGGCAACUCCUCGGGGAUACACGUGCCCCCAAGUAGGUGGGCUCCCCACCUUCGCUGCCAAACACAGAACAAGAAAAGGGCUGUGACGGCUCCUUCCCGCCGCCAGCCCCCGAGAACCUGCAGCGCUUCUCAGCAGCCUGGACCGGACGGGCUUCUGAGGCCGCUCUCUUCCGGGAUGACCUGUGCCAGGCCGUGUUCGCUCCAGGUGCAGGGGCCACGCGCUGACUCUGCCGGUCAGUCUCCGCCCCGAGGACCCGGCGUCUGUGCACACGUGUCCUGAAGCACUGAGCAGUUGGCACCGGAAAAACCCCUGGAAUUCAUGUCCCUCCAGAAUGCUCCCUGGGAGGAAAACCCGACCUCAUUUGUUUUGGUCAAAAGCUAGGUUUCCCUCCUCAAAAACACAAUGAAAAAAAAAACAACAACAACGAAAAAACACAGUGGAAUUUUGGGAGAAGGUCUGUGCUGGGCGGUGCAGCUGGGCAUGGUGGCCCGGGGCUCAGGCUCCGCUGCAGGGGACAGGCAGGCAGGGCUGGGACACACGUCUCCAGCAGACACCGGCACGGACAGGUGACAGUCACAGUCCUUCAAACCGGGGCCGUGAGUGGACGGUGGGCGGCCUUCCGGCCGCAUGGCAGCCUUUCUUCAAACGCAGCAGCAAUUCCCUCGAAUCUUGCUGGACAGCCCCUGCCGGCCCCGCACCGUCACCCAGGGCCCCUCGCGGGCCUCCCCUGGGGACCUGCACAGUCAUGACGGAGACUUCACCUCACGGGCCGGGUUCCUCGGAGCCCGCCAGGCCCCCUGGGUGACUGGAGUGGGGCGGUGGCCAAGUCCACGGAGGCGGCAGCCCGACGCCCUGACCCUGCCCAGGCGGUUUCCACGUUGAUUCCUGGAUUGCAUCUAGCACUUCACUGUUUCCAGAAGGUUCUGCAAAGGUGGCUGCCAGGUAACCCCGGUGGGCAUGCCCCCAGGAAACGGGUCUGUUGCCCCUGGGGACAUCAGCACCGACGGGCACGUGAGGCCUGUGCUCCCCAGACCCAGACUCGCAGCAAACUUAAUGAGGCCGGCUCAGCACGGAGCCUGAGCCAACAGUGUCCCAGGAAACUGUGCAUGUGUUUUUGUCUGUUUCUGUACCAAAGAGCCUUCACGUGGCUUUUAAAUAGGUGUUAUGAGGGAGCCACACGGACUUUAGCAUGAAAGCAUUAGAAGACAAGUGUGGUUCCUCAAAGAAUGACAGAAGGUGACUCGUGGCACCACGAGCAAGAAGCCCGAGGGGCCCUUGAGUGCAGCAGGUGGGGUGCGUCAGGUGGUCGCAGGCCUGUCCCCAGUGACUGUGAUGUGACACCAGGACGGGUGCACCUCGGGGCCUCUCCGCCGUCCUGCCCGACCCUGAGAGGCCCCUGGAGAUGGUCGGGGCGGGGGUCUCAGCCCGGCAGGACGGGGCAGCCGCAGGCAGACCGAGUGUGCUUCCAGCUUUCCUAUCAGAAGGGGUUUCCUUCUUGGGGAAGCGGCUAGGCCGGCCUCCCGCUCCGGCCCCGUGACGCGGCCGCCCGGGGCCCUCCCCCGUCGCGCUUGUGGGCUCUGCCUGGGCCCCGGGCUCCCGGGCGGUUGAGGCCAUGCCCUCCAGGCUCCGGACCCUGAGUCAUCAUCUCCCCGCUGGGCCCCAGCGGACCCUCGCCGCUCUCUCCGGCCUCUGGGGCCACGGGGCACUCUGCCCAGCUCGUACGGGUCACCCUUGGCCUGUCCCCCCUGGGGGCCGCUGCUUGUUCCUCACGCUGUGUCGUGGACAGCGUGCGAGCGCCACGUUUUGACGUUUCUGGAAGCCUGGUUUUGGAGAAUACAAGCAGUCGGCGUG